UCCGGUGAUUUCAACACCGCGCCGCCGGCGGCUUAUAAACAGCAACCGCUUUUGAAGCGCCUUUGUCUGCUUUUAUUGUCGGUGAAUAAAUAUCGAGCGACGCCAUGGCUGAUAAGAUGGACAUGUCUCUGGAUGAUAUUAUCAAAAUGAACAGGAAAGGAGGAAGCAGCGGAGGAGGCCGCGGAAGAGGAACGUCCGUCCGUGCUGGAGGCUCAGGUCGAGGCGGCGGGCCGUCGAGGCCGGCGCGGGGCCGACAGAGCAACUUCACCCGAAACAGCAGACCCACGCCGUACACCAGGCCAAGAGAGUUACCCGACAAAUGGCAGCAUGACAUGUUUGAGGAGUACACUGGUGGACGUGGAGGAAACAGUGGAGGAAGCAGUGGCGGAAACAGUGGCGGAAACGAUGGUGGAAACAGCGGCAAGCUGCUGAUUUCCAAUCUGGACUUUGGUGUCUCUGAUUCCGAUAUCAAGGAGCUGUUUGCGGAGUUCGGGGCACUGAAGAAAGCGUCUAUACACUACGAUCGGUCCGGCCGCAGUAAAGGAACUGCAGACGUCCACUUUGCAAAUAAGGAAGAGGCACUGAAAGCCAUGAGGCACUAUAACGGCGUCCCUCUUGAUGGCCGCCCCAUGAAAAUACAGCAAGUCACUUCAGAGUUCAACACAGAGGCUAGACCGUAUACACAGGGUGUAAACAAAGGGUUUGAUCGUGCCCGGCUCGGUCAGCCCAGGUUUGAAAGGCGGCAAGGCAGCGGCAGUGGAGGUUUCAGAGGCAGCGGCAGUGGAGGUUUCAGAGGCAGCGGCAGUGGAGGUUUCAGAGGCCGCGGGAGGGGAGGCGGAAACAGACCUCAGCUUUCCGCAGAGGAGCUGGACGCCCAGUUGGAUGCUUACAAUGCCGAGUGUCAGAUGGAAACCAGUUAAAAGGACGAUGCUCCCCUUCCUGAUUUUUUUUUUUUUUUUUUUUUUUUUGCGGUUAAUUGGAUGUGAUGAUCAGGCUUUAUGACGCUUGUGUUUUAAAGGCAUUUUGUAUGGACCAUUAUCUUUUUGUUAAAUUUUCAAAAUUUCUCUAUUUUUAUAGCUAACUGUGUUAUGAGGAUUCAGGAAGUAUUCUUGCCUUAAACCUGCAUUGGGAUUCUUUUGUUCUCUUUGUAAUGGUAUAAACGUGAUUUAAUGACAGACUGUCGAAUGUAAAUUAGAACAAGCUGAAUUUUAAUGUACACUGGCUCUGUCACUCAGUACUGUAUAUUUGACAUGUGGACAUGUUCAAAGGAUUUUGUACAUAAAAACAUUAUA